AGGAGUUCCAGGUACUCUUGGACACCGGAUCAACCAGGUCCUUCAUCAGCAGUGAAGUGGCUGCUCACUGCAAGGCCGCUGGAAUAAAACCGAAUUAUGUUGGAGACGUUACCACUACCGUCGCUAACGGAAGUUCUAUCCCGAUUGAGGCAGUGUACACAGCACAGGUUCAGGUUGGAUCCGAAAAUAUUGAGGCUACGUGGUGUUAGUUUCAGAUUUACCGAUCAGUGUAGUACUGGGAAUGGAUGUACUGAGAACACACGACUUCUCCAUCAAUCUCCAAACCGCCGAAUGCUUUCUGAAUGGCAGGUCUCUUAGGGACAAGCCCAUGACGCAGGAAAAGCAGAAUCCGUUACCGUUACCGACCGAAGGAACCAUAUGCCUGACCGAGGACAAUAGCCUGAACUGGGAAAUCCCUGGAAGUUAUGUGUUCCGAAAGAUGACCGAAGAGAAGUCCUUCUCGAAAACCACGACCGACCGACCGCUGGACACUUGGGAAUAGCAGAAACAAAAUUUCGCAUAGCCCGCAGCUACUAUUGGCCAGGAAUGUUCCGAGAAAUUGCCCAAUAUGUCCGAAAAUGUAGCAAGUAUCACCGAUACAAGGUUCCACAGCAGAAACCGGCAAGCAAUCAUCUGGUGGAAGAACCAUGUGAAAAUGACAGAUUCUCCAAAUGGAUGGAAUUUAGGCCCAUGAGAACAGCUGUCCAAAGAGGUGUGUACCAGGCUUUCAAGGAAGAUGGAGUGAAUUCCCCAAAGCAGGAGUCAACCGGAAACCCCAGAGCAAUCUUGAACUUUGAUAGGAAAAUGCGUUCACCGAACACCAAAUUUUCUGCCGAGAUUGCUAACAAGGAUGGAAGGGAUCACACCAAACCGGAUACCGAACCGCAAGUUGCUUACCAUGUAAAUAACCAUAACCAAUUUACCGAAAUAUUCAAAUUUGUUCGAACUAGAUUAACACAAGCCUUCGCCCAGCAAAGUCACUAUAACCUACGUCGUAGAGACUGGCGUCAUAGGAUUGGAGACCAAGUGUACUGAAGAAAGCAUCCUUUGUCUGCUGCAGUGGAGGGAGUUGCCGCCAGAUUGGCACCGAAAUACUCCGGACCGUAUACCAUUGUAGACGUAGUCUCUCCUGUGGUGUAUGACAUCAA